AUCUAAUGCAUCACGUGAUACCUACUUAAGGUCAUCAAUGGAAAGGUAAAGGAUGCUUUGAAUGGUGAAGGCUAAUGGCUAAUGCUCAUGGCUCAUGGCUCAUGGCUCAUGGCUGAAGCAUAACCUACUACCCCGCGCUCCUUCCCCUUCAGGACCACCAGGACCCUACCUCAUGAUUAUGUCAUCUCAUUUCCAGCUUCUGGUCCUUGAGAAAUCUCAAUCUCAAUCUCAAUUUCGAUAAGAACUGGUCCACUGCUGCUCUCAAUAACCAAGUCACGCAAGGCAUCAGCAAGACAAUUAGGACAUGUUCCAUGACAUGGCAUUGCUGCAAAUAUGUUGGCGUUCAAUGCUCAUGCUUCUUCAAUGAUCUACUACAUUCUUAUUUUCCUUCGUCCACCUCUUUUUAAAUAGGCAUUGUGCAUAAUAUUCGAACCACAAGAGCGAACUCGGUCAGCUAGCCAUCUACCCAGUUAAAAUCAAGAGGCUCAAUGAACCAUGACCUUCGACUGAUUGGAUUAUCUAUUAUCGUAUUUAGCCUGCCUGAGGAUUAGGCUGCUAUCUGCAACGUCUGCUUCUGCAGUCACAGCCUUGCACACAUUCGAAAGAUAACAUUUGCUAUAUUUUACUUUCACGACUAGUAAAUUGGAAUCAGUUCUUUGGUCUCAAAGGCUCAUCUUCAGCAUGCCUCCAUUCAGUUAUGCUAGCUUACCUCCACUCGAUUUGAGCACUAUUCGCCUACUUUCUCUUAUGCCCAGUAGAAACGAAACCGCUGCUCUACAAGGCCAACUUCACAAUUAUUCUCUCCAAGAUUCGGACAAGGAAACCCAUUUAUACGAAGCUUUGUCGUACGUAUGGGGUGGCUUCGAUGAUCCUCCACAUUGUAUCUAUAUAGAUGGGGGUUCUCUCUCCAUCACAGCGAAUCUGCAUGCAGCCUUGCUACGUCUUCGAAAUCACACUCUUGAACGAGUCAUAUGGGUAGAUGCUCUCUGCAUCAACCAGCAAGAUGAUCAAGAGAAAGGCCUCCAGAUUCAAUUGAUGCCGAGGAUCUAUGGCCAAGCAGCCCAGGUCAUUGUUUAUUUCGGAGAAGCUGCGGAUGACAGUGAUAUGGCUCUUGAGAGCAUAAGAGUUGCAGCAGAUGACGAGAACGAAAAGCAUAGAAAUUUGUUGGCCAGCAACAGGAACCAAGAGUCAAUCCUCAGGUUGCUUAAGAGACCAUGGUUUCAGCGCAUCUGGGUUCUCCAGGAGGUCGGCUUGGCUCGAAGUAUCCUGAUUAUCUGUGGUUCAGUGGAAAUGAACGGGUAUACGUUCUGUUCGGGUGUUAGCAAGCUGGAAAGUUUGCUAAAAAAUUAUUCGGAUUUACAAAGUGUGAUCCGUCCAACGAUCCACUUGAUAAGAGGAUCAAUUUUCCGUCCAAAGUACAACUCGAGUUUACUAGGCGAUCUCUCUCUAGGUGAGCUGAUUGAUAUGUAUCAUAACCACAAAGCCACAGUACGUCACGAUAAGGUGUAUGCCUUACUUGGUAUGUGCUCUGAUCAUUUGAGCUCCACCACCGGCUUAUUGCCCGAUUACACGAUUCCAUGGGAGACACUUUUUCGACGCCUUUACAUAGAAGUUACAUUUAACAACAGACCAAUAUCGUUUCAGUACUACAAGAAUUGUGGGGUACAUUGGACACUCCAAGCUUCUGCGCAAUCCAUUCGAAAAAAUGAUAUUAUUUGCCUUCUAGAAGGAGCUUCAAACCCAACUAUUAUUAGAGCAUUCGAAGAUCAUUUUGGUAUCAUCAUGAUUGCAGUCAAUCUACGCCAACAAACACAUAAACAUAGCUCGUUUCAAUUGUCUAUGUCUUCGACACCCGAUUACUCGCAUGAAUUUCUACUUGUGUGGCAAUGGGGAUUAAUUCCGGGACAGCAUUCUUCAUCACCUCAAUUGCCACAAAUAGAGAUCAAUUCUUUAGUUCCGGACUAUUUGAAGACCAAUGCGAUCAAAGCAAUGAGAUCAUUUGAAGUGGCACUGAUUCUAAAAGACACUGGGGACCUUCUUAUGGUAGAAGCCAAGCUUAAAAAAGAUGUCGAAAAAUGCGAGGAAUUGUUUGGAAUAGACGAUAUACAUAUCUUAUCAUUAAAAGAGGUACUUGCGUCAGUAUACUGGAGCUCUAAUCGGUGGAAGAUAGCCGAAAAGUUGCUCUUGCAGGUGAUAAUGACCAGACAACAUCUCCAAGGCAAAUGCCAUCAAGAUACUUUAAAUAGUAAAAUGGAACUUGCAAAGGCUUAUAUAGACGAAGAAGUCCUUUCCAGGCCGUCCAGAGCCGAACAAUUGCGGGGUUUCAGGACAGAAUUGUUGGAAGCAAUCAAAAGUAAUAGUCGAAUUGAAGAAAGGGUCAUGGUACAAGCAGCAGAGUACCUCGAUGAAAGAAUGUUCAAACUUUUGCUCGGCCUCGAAAGAGAUAGUGUUUCAGUCACAAUCGAUUUAGUGAAGGCCAUAUCCAAACCCAUGAGAGGCGAUGGAAAGAUGCUUAUCCUAUUGGAAGAAAGAGGAAUGGACAGCGAGAUAACAGAAGAUAUGGUACAGUUCAUCGCCAAGAACUGUGGCCAUAGUGCAAUGAAGUUGUUGAUGCAGAAACGCAGCGCUGAUGUGAAGGUUACAAGUGAAUUGCUGAAGGAGGUCGCGAAACGACGGGAAGCUGAUGAACAGAUUGAUAUGCUGUUCGUUGGAAGAGGCACGGAGAUAUGUUUUGAUAACGGAUUGUUGACAACUUUAGCGCGAAUGCAUCAUCCAGGUAUUCCUGCGAUCAUGUAUUCAAUAAUAAAAGAACAAGGGGCAAAUGUAGUCAUUACAGAGGAAAUUAUGAUCGCGGCAGUAGGGAAUACAAGUCAUGGGGAUGCGAUCAUUAAACAAUUAUUUGCAAAGCAGGGGGCGAAUAUAGCCAUAACAGAGGAAAUCGUGAUCGCGGCAAUGGGGAAUAUAUUUCAGGGAAUAGAAAUCAUUGAAGUAUUAUUUGUAAAACAAGGGGCGAAAUUGAUCAUCACAGAGGAGAUUGUGAGUGCAGCAAUACGGAACGGUUAUCGAGGGGCAAGAAUCCUCCGAGUGUUAUUUAAAACACAAGGUGGAAAUUUCAACAUCACCCAAGAGGUCAUGAAAGCAGUAUCAGAGAUGCAAGUAAGGAUAGAGGCUCACUACUGGAAAUUGACACCGCAACAAUCUAUAAUGAUGCAAUUGCUCGAGGAGCUAGGUGCGAAUAUGGACGUUACAGAGGAAACGGUCAGGCUUAUUACAAAUGAAGCAUAUCUUCCAAAGGAAUGUCUAGCGCUAUUGGUUGAAAAGCAAGGAGAAAAAUUGAGAGUUACGGAAGGAAUGGUGAGAAUGGUUGAAAAGAAAUUUCCCGAGGCGGUCGCCCUGUUGGAGACGAUGAAGGACAAUAUUCGGAGAUAUAGCCGUGGUGGUACUAGUAGUGCAGGCUAG